CCUGUGUUCAAGGCCAUGCUCUUUGGUCCUUGGAAAGAGUCAAGCCCAGCAAAUGGAUCAGACUGGACCGUCACAUUACCAGAGGACAACCCUUGUUGAUUUUAGGCUCAUACUCAACAUCUCACAUGGCAAUUUUACUGGUGUGUCAAGAGCCAUCUCGUUUGGCGAAGAGCUUUACAACCUACUCAUCCUUUGUGACAAAUACGACCUGACAGCGUUGAUCGGUCCCUGGGUUAGGAAAUGGCUUUUCCUGUUUCACAUUCAGCAUGUGAUGCCAAUACCAAUGCUGCCAUUCAUCGUGUGGGCAAGCGUGGAUCACGCGGGCCUUUAA